AUGGGAGACCUCUGGCAACAGACUCCCGCAAUUUCAUUCAUUUCCACCGAGUUGUUUAUGCAAUGUUAUGUUACCUAUCUUGUUCUUGAGUUUUGCAAACGAUAUGGUGGCCUCAAAGUAUCUUCUGAUAUACUCUAUGGACUUCUUGUUUUAAAGUUAGCAUUUUUGGACUUUGAAGCCGCUUUCGACUCUUCUCACGGAGGCAGUCUUCUCAAUGCUCUUCGCGCCGAUAGAGUUCCAGGAAAGCGACAUGAAGAGAAGAACAACUGCUGCGAUCCGAACACCAGCUGGAUAUUCUACACAGUUCAAAGUGGAAGCUGGACACUUUUCGGACUUCCCUUGGUGGAUCUUGAGUACACCGACGAUGUAGCAGUAUUCGCCUCUAGCAGUGCGAAGUUACAACAUGUUGUUAACCUUGCAUCAAAGUUAGCUGCAGCCUACGGAAUGCGCUCCGCCCUGAUAAAUGUAAGCAGCUGCGGGUCUCCUCGAGACCCUCCACGGGAAAUCAGGGUUGAUGGACAACCUAUCGAACUCGUAGAUGAGUUCUGUUAUUUGGGCUGCAUGGUGAAAACAAUGGCAGCUAUAAAAGGGAAAUAUUCAGCAAAAAUGCGCUUAAGCUAUUUCGGCAUUCAGCUCAUUCAAGAUGCCUCUUUGGUCAACUACGCCAACGAAGUCAAGCUACAAGUCUACCUAUCCGCAGUUCGCCCUAUCAUCAUGUACGGAUCGGAGAGGGGCAGCGCCGGAGACGGUAAUGGAAAAGCUUGA